AAAAAACCGCGGCGUGUUUAGCAAAACAGCUUCUUUUAUUUGUCUUCGCUCUUCUUAUUACCUUGGUUUGAUGAUCUCUCAGCUUCCAAAAACCCAGGGGCUUAUUAUUCUCUAACAAACUAAAUCACUUAAAGUUUAUAAUCUUUCUUAUAUAGCUAAAGAAUCCCCUUCACCACUUCUUACAAGAAAUCUUAAAGAAGAGAAUCUAGCAGACAGAAGAAGAUGCGGAUGAGCUGUAAUGGAUGCAGAGUUCUUCGAAAAGGGUGUAGUGAUGAUUGUAGUAUACGACCGUGUUUGGCUUGGAUCAAAUCCCCUGAAGCGCAAGCAAACGCAACCGUGUUUCUCGCCAAGUUCUAUGGCCGCGCUGGACUCAUGAACCUCAUCAACGCCGGUCCCGAUCACCUUCGUCCUGGGAUUUUCCGGUCGUUGUUGCAUGAAGCGUGUGGGAGGAUUGUGAACCCGAUCUACGGUUCGGUCGGUUUGUUAUGGUCGGGAAAUUGGCAGCUUUGUCAAGCCGCCGUGGAGGCGGUGAUGAAAGGUGAACCGAUCACAGAGAUGGCCACAGAUGCGGCGACGAACGGCCAAGGUCCGCCGCUUAAAAUGUACGACAUCCGACAUAUUUCUAAGGAUGAGAGCUCCGCCGUUGCAGCUGCUGCUGCUGGUUUAACCGAUCUCAAACGGCCUAAAGCUCGCCGGGCGAAGCGGUUAGCCGCCGUCGCUAAAGCAGCGGAAUCAGAGGGAAAGUCCGGUGGCGGAGAGGCUAGCCACGUGUCGUCGUUGGUUUGGGCCCUUUGACAACUGUAGUCAGGAAACUGUCUAACAUGACAUGGCAUAAUUUAGUUGGUACCAAUGAAGGAUGACGUGGCAAAGUACAAGACAUGUGCUUCUUGGGCCACAAUCCAGUAGUGGAGAUAUCGAGGG